CAAACAAACCCAAGAAGAAAAACAACAACUCAGUAGAAAAAUCUGCUUACUCCUCCUCCCUUUUUCACCUCUUAACUUCAUUUUUAUUCUCUCUCAUCUCUGUGUGUGUUGGAGUAUCAUCUUUUUCUUCUUAUUCUCAAUCUUAUAUAUGGAUCUACUCUCACUUUACUAUUAUUAUCUUCACAAAACUCCAAUUUCUUUCAUUCUUCCUUUAAGAAAACCCUUGUUUCAUUUCAUUCUCUGAUUUUUAUUUAAUUUUUGACUCACUAUUAUUAAUUUUGACUCUUCUUCUUUAGAUUUUCAAUCGAUCCCCUCCCUCCCUCGAAUCUUUUAAGUGAAAGAUGAAAGUACCGUAUUGUUCAGUGUGUCAGAAUCGGUAUAAUGAAGAUAAUAGAGUACCACUGCUACUUCAAUGUGGUCAUGGAUUUUGUAAAGAUUGUUUAUCUAAAAUGUUUUCAGCUUCGCCUGAUACUAAUUUAUCUUGUCCUCGUUGUCGUCAUAUUUCGUGUGUUGGUAAUUCUGUGAAUGCUCUUCGUAAGAAUUUUGCUGUUCUUGCUUUAAUCCAUUCUUCUACUAAUUCUUCAAGUAAUAACAAUAAUAAUAGUAAUCAUAAUAAUAGUAAUUCUUAUUUUACUGAUGAUGAUGAUGAUGAUGAUGAUGAUGACGACGACGACGAUGAGGAUAAUGAAGCUGGCGGUGAUAAAUUUGAAGAGGAAUUCGAUUUCGAUUUUCGUCGGCGGUGUUGUGUCAAUUCUAAUUCCAGUAGUAGUAAUAAUAGUGAUAGUCUAAAUCAGAAUUCAUUAGGUAGAAAUCGGGGUAGUGGUAAUAAUAAUAAUAGCACUAGUAGUAGUAUUCGAGGUGGUGGUGGUUCAUUAAUCGAUCUUUCUUCGCAUCAUAAUUUGAAAUUUGUUAAAAGACUUGGUGAUGAAAUUAGGGUUGGAAUUGAGACAUGGGGCGGUGUUCUGUCUGGUACUUCUUCCUCAAACGGUGGGAAAUGUAAACAUCAAGUUGCUGUUAAAAAAGUUAUUCUUGAGGAUGAGACGGAUUUAGUUUGGGUACAAAAUCAAUUAGAGAAUCUUCGUCGAUCUUCAAUGUGGUGCAGAAAUGUUUGUACUUUUCAUGGUGCUACUAAGAUAGACGGUAGACUAUGUCUUGUUAUGGAUAGGUAUUCUGGUUCUGUUCUAUCUGAAAUGAGGCAUAAUGAAGGGCGUCUUACUUUGGAGCAAAUACUGAGAUAUGGAGCUGAUAUUGCGCGUGGAGUGGCUGAGCUCCAUGCAGCCGGUGUUGUCUGUAUGAACCUUAAGCCAUCCAAUCUGCUGUUAGAUGUCAAUGGCCGGGCAGUGGUUUCUGAUUAUGGUCUUCCAGCAAUUCUAAAGAAACCUUGCCGAAAAGCUAGAUUAGUUCCGGAGGAUGAUUCUUCAAGAACACAUUCAUGUAUGGACUGUACCAUGCUUAAUCCACAUUACGCUGCUCCUGAGGCAUGGGAACCGGUGAAGAAGGCGUUAUUUUGGGAUGACGCUAUUGGCAUAUCUACAGAGUCUGAUGCCUGGAGCUUUGGGUGUACCUUGGUGGAGAUGUGCACUGGUUCCGUCCCGUGGUCCGGUUUAAGUUCAGAGGAAAUAUAUCGAGCUGUUGUCAAAGCUAAGAGGCUGCCUCCACAGUAUGCUAGCGUAGUGGGUGUUGGGAUACCUACAGAGUUGUGGAAAAUGAUUGGUGACUGCUUGCAAUAUAAGGCAUCAAAAAGGCCAACUUUUCAUGCAAUGCUUACAAUAUUUCUCCGGAACUUGCAAGAGAUACCUCGUAGCGCCCCUGCAAGCCCUGAUAAUGACUUCGGCAAAGGUCCGGGAGUGAAUGCAGUGGAACCAUCCCCAACAUCUGUCUUCGAGAUAGUCCAAGACAAUCCAAGCCUUUUACAUCAAUUUGUGUCCGAGGGGAACCUGGAAUCUGUCAGAAAUCUGCUUUCGAAGGCUGCAUCUGGGAAAUCUGGCAGUUCAAUUGGUUCUCUCUUAGAAGCGCAGAAUGCUGAUGGCCAAACAGCUCUCCACUUGGCUUGCAGACGGGGAAGUGUGGAGCUUGUUGAGGCUAUUCUAGAAUACGAGGAAGCGGAUGUGGAUGUCCUUGACAAAGAUGGAGACCCUCCAAUUGUGUUUGCUUUAGCAGCUGGAUCUCCAGAAUGUGUCCGCACUCUCAUUAGAAGAGCCGCUAACGUCAGUUCUAUGUUGAGGGAGGGUUUCGGUCCAACAGUUGCUCAUGUCUGUGCUUACCAUGGCCAACCGGGUUGCAUGCAAGAGUUGCUACUAGCAGGGGCUGAUCCCAAUGCACUGGAUGAUGAAGGUGAAACUCUGCUACACAAAGCCGUUACCAAGAAAUACACAGCUUGUGCAGUGGUCAUUCUGGAAAAUGGAGGCUGCAGAUCGAUGGGGAUCAUGAAUAGCAAGCACUUGACGCCUUUACAUAUGUGCAUAGCAACAUGGAAUGUUGCAAUUGUGAAAAGGUGGGUGGAGAUUGCUUCCCAAGAGGAGAUCGCUGAUGCAAUUGAUAUACCAAGUGAAGUUGGAACUGCUUUGUGUAUGGCAGCUUCUUUAAAGAAAGAUCAUGAAACUGAAGGGAGAGAGUUGGUUAGAAUAUUGCUGGCUGCUGGAGCGGAUCCAACUGCUCAAGAUCCUCAGCAUCGGCGAACUGCACUGCAUACGGCAGCUAUGGCCAAUGAUGUGGAGUUGGUGAAGAUCUGUCUUGAUGCUGGCGUUGAUGUGAACAUUCAGAACGUACACAGUACUAUACCUCUUCAUGUUGCAUUGGCCAGAGGUGCAAAACUUUGUGUCGGAUUGCUUUUAUCGGCUGGAGCAAACUGCAAUUUGCAGGAUGAUGAAGGCGACACUGCAUUUCAUAUAGCUGCUGAUUCAGCAAAGAUGAUACGUGAAAAUCUUGAAUGGAUUGCUGUGAUGCUGCAGUAUCCCAGUGCUGCUAUUGAUGUCAGAAAUCACAGUGGUAAGACACUUCGUGAUUUUUUGGAAGCCCUGCCCCGUGAUUGGAUAUCAGAAGAUCUGAUGGAAGCACUCAUAAAUAAUGGAAUUCAUCUGUCUCCUACCAUUUUCGAAGUUGGGGAUUGGGUAAAAUUUAAAAGAAGCGUGAAGGUUCCUACGUACGGUUGGCAAGGUGCAAAGCAUAAGAGUGUUGGUUUCGUCCAGAAUGUGCAGGAUAAGGAUAAUUUGAUUGUAUCUUUUUGCUCUGGAGAAGCUCGUGUUCUAGCAAGUGAUGUCAUUAAAGUCAUCCCAUUAGACCGGGGACAACAUGUGCAACUGAAACCAGAUGUUAAAGAGCCAAGGUAUGGAUGGCGUGGUCAAUCACGUGAUAGCAUUGGUACUGUCUUAUGCGUUGAUGAUGAUGGGAUUUUGCGUGUUGGCUUUCCUGGUGCAUCCCGAGGCUGGAAAGCUGAUCCUGCUGAAAUGGAAAGGGUUGAAGAAUACAAAGUUGGUGACUGGGUCCGGAUUCGUCCCUCUCUCACAACUGCAAAGCAUGGACUGGGAGCUGUAAUACCUGGAAGCAUCGGGAUAGUGUACUGUAUCAGACCAGACAACAGUCUACUGUUGGAACUAAGUUACUUGCCAAAUCCAUGGCACUGUGAACCAGAGGAGGUUGAGUCUGUUAUCCCAUUCAGGAUUGGCGAUCAAGUAUGCGUGAAGCGAUCUGUUGCUGAGCCCAGGUAUGCUUGGGGUGGUGAGACUCACCAUAGUGUUGGAAGGAUAAGUGAGAUUGGAACUGAUGGUCUGCUAAUAAUUGAAAUACCUAAUCGGCCCGUUCCAUGGCAAGCUGAUCCUUCCGACAUGGAAAAAGUGGAGGAUUUCAAGGUUGGAGAUUGGGUACGAGUGAAAACUUCGGUAUCCUCACCGAAGUAUGGUUGGGAGGAUGUUACGCGGAACAGUAUAGGAAUAAUUCAUAGCCUAGAAGAGGAUGGUGACAUGGGUGUUGCUUUCUGCUUCAGGAGUAAACCUUUUUCUUGCUCAGUGACGGACAUGGAGAAGGUACCACCUUUUGAAGUGGGACAAGAAAUACAUGUGAUGUCAUCUGUUGCUCAGCCACGGCUUGGAUGGUCAAAUGAAACUGCUGCUACCAUUGGGAAGAUUGCAAGGAUAGAUAUGGACGGAAAACUAAAUGUGAGAGUGACUGGCAGAGUGGACCUGUGGAAGGUGGCUCCUGGAGAUGCAGAACGGCUCUCAGGUUUUGAUGUUGGUGACUGGGUUCGUUUGAAGCCAAGUAUGGGGACUAGAGGGAACUACGACUGGAAUAACAUCGGCAAAGAAAAUUUAGCCGUGGUUCACAGUGUACAAGAUACUGGAUAUUUAGAACUGGCUUGUUGUUUUCGUAAAGGGAGGUCGAUGACGCACUACACAGACGUGGAAAAGGUUGUACCAUUGAAAAUUGGCCAGCAUGUUCGUUUUAGACCUGGACUAACUGAACCACGGUGGGGAUGGAGAGGUGCAAAUAUUGCUUCAAGAGGUAUUAUUACUGGGGUGCACGCUGAUGGAGAAGUACGGGUUGUAUUCUUUGGCCUGUCAGGUUUGUGGAAAGGAGAUCCUGCAGAUCUUCAGAUAGAGGAGAUAUUUGAAGUGGGAGAAUGGGUUAGAAUAAGAGAUGGAUCAAGUGGAUGGAAAUCCUUAAUGCCCGGCAGUAUCGGGAUUGUACAAGGAAUAGGGUAUGAAGGAGAUGAAUGGGACGGAACUGUCCAGGUUGGUUUUUGUGGAGAGCAGGAAAGGUGGGUAGGGCCAUCUUCUGAGCUCGAAAGAGUGGAGAGGCUUGUUAUUGGCCAACGAGUAAAAGUAAGAUUUGCAGUGAAGCAACCAAGGUUUGGGUGGUCUGGUCAUAACCACACCAGUAUUGGGACGAUAUCAUCAAUAGAUGCAGAUGGGAAGCUAAGAAUUUAUACGCCUGUUGGAUCAAAAGGUUGGAUGCUUGACCCAGCAGAGGUAGAAAUUGUUGAAGAAGAGGAGCUUCAGAUAGGAGACUGGGUAAAGGUGAAGCCAUCUGUUGCAACACCAUUACAUCAGUGGGGUGAAGUGAGCCACGAGAGUAUAGGCGUUGUUCACAGAAUAGAAGACGGAGAAUUGUGGGUUGCAUUCUGUUUCUUGGAUAGGUUGUGGGUAUGCAAAAUAAAUGAGAUGGAGAGGGUUAGACCGUUCAUGGUUGGUGAUGAAGUGAAAAUUAGAGGAGGAUUGGUGACUCCUAGGUGGGGAUGGGGUAUGGAAACUCAUGCUAGCAAGGGAGAGGUUGCUGGUGUAGACGCAAAUGGGAAACUUAGAAUCAGGUUUCAGUGGAGAGAAGGGAAGUCAUGGAUUGGAGAUCCUGCUGAUAUUGCACUCGACAAGUAGACCUGAUUUCUCAUGUUACUUCCACUACUUGCGUGUUACUAAAUAUGGUGUUCCACAGCUGCAACUGAUGUCGGCCCGAUGUCUCUGCGCACUAUGGUGUGAUGCCCGUAUUUGUUGAAGGGGUAGUGUCUGGCUUUCUACUGCUGUAAAAGAGAUGCGAUUGUUGUUCACGGCUGCACAGGCAGAGCAUCUUCUUUAUUCUUGGUGGAAACAAAGAUAGGGCACUAUCAGCUGGCCAAUUGUACCAUGUUCAUGCCUCUGAACUAACAAUCAACCGUCAUGGAAGAAAGUAAGCUGGGGGGACAUCUUCUGUAUUUGUAUCAUAUAAAUAUAUAGUAGCCAGAUGAGCUUGGUUUUUUCUUCUUUCUUUUUUUCCCUUCAAAUUUUGUACAAAUUUUAAUAUAUAUGUUAAUCUUGAGUUACCC